GAUAAAGGCUUGGGGGCCGCCCGCUCGGCCCCAGACCUGCCCCGCCACCGCGCUCUGUCCCCGGACGUGGGUACACUCGGGACUGUUGAGACCUCGGACCGGCCGCGUCCGAUCUUUCAAGCGGCGGCGGCGGCGGCGGCGGCGGCGGCAGGGACGGCUGUUGCUAAGGGAGGGGACGCGCGGGGAAGCGCGGCCCGAGCGGCGGCCGGCACCGAACGCGACCGCCUAAGCGGCGCCCCUUCUUCGGGACCCUCCCCCACGCCCAGCGUCCUUGAAAGGAGCCGCGAGUGCAGUCCCCACCCCCGGAAGGCGCCCCGACGAGCCAGAGCGACCCCGGAGCGCCGCUCGGAUUUUUGAUUCUUGAUUCACCUUCCGCUCCUGGGACUUUCUCGAAGGGUUCCUGCGCUUCCCCUAGGAACGGCGAGGACCCCCGGUUCGGGGAGCCCAACACCCCGCACUGCCCGGAGGCGCGACGAGGAUUGGCGGCGCCCCGUGGACCCCAGCCCUCCAGCGCGGGCCGGGGAUGGAGCCGCAGCCCGGCGGCGCCCGGAGCUGCCGGCGCGGGGCCCCCGGCGGCGCCUGCGAGCUAGGCCCGGCGGCCGAGGCGGCGCCCAUGAGUCUAGCGAUCCAUAGCACAACGGGCACCCGCUAUGAGCUGUCGGUGCCCCCGGACGAAACGGUGGAGGGGCUGCGCAAGCGGCUGUCCCAGCGGCUCAAAGUGCCCAAGGAGCGCCUGGCGCUGCUCCACAAAGACACCCGGCUCAGUUCGGGGAAGCUGCAGGAGUUCGGCGUGGGGGAUGGCAGCAAGCUGACGCUGGUGCCCACCGUGGAGGCGGGCCUCAUGUCCCAGGCCUCGAGGCCAGAGCAGUCUGUGAUGCAGGCCCUGGAGAGCCUGACCGAGACACAGAAACCUCCACCCUCCCCACCAUCCUCGCCCCUGGGGAAAGCUCAGCACUGGCCAGGCUCCAGAGGAGGGACCCAGUCUGCACUGGGUGUCGGAUGCACCCCCUGCCGCCGCCACCCACCAGAUCUGAGGCCCCCAGUGGCGCCCGGGCCGGGCCGGGCUGGCGGAAGCGUCUUCCGGAAAUACCGAUUCAUUUUAUUUAAGCGUCCGUGGCACCGACAGGGACCCCAGAGCCCAGAGAGGGGCGGCGAGAGGCCCCAGGUCAGUGACUUCCUGUCGGGCCGCUCGCCGCUGACCCUGGCGCUGCGCGUGGGGGACCACAUGAUGUUCGUGCAGCUGCAGCUGGCCGCCCAGCACGCCCCGCUCCAGCACCGCCACGUGCUGGCCGCCGCCGCCGCUGCCGCCGCCGCUGCCCGCGGGGACCCCGGCAUGGCCGCCCCCGUGUCCCCCUGCCGGCCCAUGGCCGGCGCUGCCCGAGUCCCCCCGAUGGCCAGCAGCCCUGCCCCCACGUCCCCCUCGCCUGUCACCGCCGGCUCCUUCCGAUCCCACUCCGCUUCCGCCGCCUGCCCUGAGAUGGACUGUUCGCCCCCUGCCAGUGCUGGCGCUAGCCCCACUUCCACCCCCGGGGGGAGCCCUACCUCCCGCUCCCGCAAGCCUGGCGCUGUCAUCGAGAGCUUCGUGAACCAUGCCCCAGGGGUCUUCUCAGGGACCUUCUCUGGCACACUGCACCCCAACUGCCAGGACAGCAGCGGGCGGCCGCGGCGUGACAUCGGCACCAUCCUGCAGAUCCUCAAUGACCUUCUGAGUGCCACGCGGCACUACCAGGGCAUGCCCCCGUCCCUGACCCAGCUGCGCUGCCACGCGCAGUGCGCGCCCGCCUCACCUGCCCCGGACCUCACCCCCAAAACUACCUCCUGUGAGAAGCUGGCGGCUGCAGCCCCGGCCUCCCUGAGCCAGGCCCGCAUGUGCAAGCCCCUGGGGGACCGGCUGCGGCAGACAGAAAAUCGGGCCACCCGCUGCAAGGUGGAGCGCCUCCAGCUCCUGCUCCAGCAGAAACGGCUCCGCAGGAAGGCCCGGCGGGAUGCCCGCGGGCCCUACCACUGGCCGCCAAGCCGCAAGGCUGGCCGCAGCGACACCAGCGGUGGCGGUGGGGGCAGCGGGCCCAGCGAGGCCUCCGGCUUGGGCCUCGACUUCGAGGACUCCGUUUGGAAGCCGGAAGUCAACCCUGACAUUAAGUCAGAGUUCGUGGUGGCCUAGGAACCAUGUCCCUCGCCCGGCCACCUUGAGCAGAGAGUCCCCUGGGCCAGCCUGUGCGCGGGAGGGCAGGCAGUUGGGGUCAGGGCAGUGGGAGGCCCCUCCCUUCCUACCAGCUUCCUUCUGGUUUUUGGUUUGUUUUUUUGUUUUU